CAUAAAACAACCUUCAAAGUUUUUAGCUUUAUGACCUUGUCCAUUUCUUAAUCUGGAAUGAUGGCUGAUUGCCUCUGUAGUAUUCUCAACUCCCGCGCUAUCACCAGCCUCUCCCUCCUCAUCCCUUGCUGUCCACCUCAGAAUCCCUUUAUUUCCCCCCAAGCUCUUUCCUUUGCCAACCCCAGGGUUCCAAGAAGAAGGAAAGAAAAGCAACUUUUGUUCUGUAUAAGUAAUAAUGAACCGUCUUCCUCAAUUUCUUCCUCAUCGAAAUUUGACAUCAUUUCCACCCGUGAGCAUUCUGAUGGUAGUAUAGUCUUUCAGUUUGGGGACCCCCGUGAGGCUAUGAAGGAUGAUGAAUUAAAGCAAUCCAGUUUGAGCAAUAAAGGAGGGGAAAGUGACGGUCAGGUGGAAUCUAGGGUGGUGAAGGUUUUGGAUGGUGAUCACGAGAGGAAGGUUAUAGUCAAAAAAAUGGAAAGAGAAGUCAGGGUUCACAGCUCAAAUUUGGUCGCUGAUAGUGGCACUUCAGGGGUUGUUAGUACUAAUGAAGAGAGCAGUACUAGUAGUUUUCUGGAAGGACCUAGUAAAUCAAGUGAGAAGUUAAAUGCUGAAGUGCCUGUUUCUGGUUUAAGUGUAGAAAAAGGUUGGAACGUUUCUAGUUCCGAGUUAAAUGCAAAUACUCUUAUAGAUGCCGAUGAUACUCUGUCAACUGUCUCUGUGCUUGAAAAACGUAGUAAAAAAGAAAGUGGCGAAACUUCUGAGGCAUUACUUGAUGGUAAAGGAGAUAAUGAAGUUCUGCAACAGUUGGUAUCUGUGAAGCCUGAUUCGCCUACAGAAGUAACAGAUACUGUUCACCAGGAAAGUGAUUCCGAGAGUGUUGAACUUCUGGAUUUGCCUGGAGAUAGUGAGUCUCAUAGUUUAGAAUCUGGGAUAAAUAAUAUAAUCAUGGAUGAUAGCAGUGACAGUGACACCAUUGAAGUCAUGCCUGUGUCUCCUGAAACUGAUGCUGAACCAACUCUUGAUGAGGAAGCUGGUUGUAUUGCAGUUGACACUUUUGGAGAAGAAGAUACAUCCAUCCAAAUAUCAGAGAUCAAAAGUGACCAGUCAAUCGUACUCUCAGAAGCAGGAAUAGGUCUGGACAAGUUACAAAGAAGUGACAAUUCUGAAACAUCAAGUCUUGAAAUCAUACAAUUGGAAUCCCCGGAAGUUCCAGUGGAUGGUGAGGAAAUCCCCAUAGCAGAAAUUGUUUUAUCAUCUGCUGCUGCAUUGUUGCCACAUCCCGCUAAGCUAUUGACGGGUGGAGAGGAUGCAUACUUUAUCUCUGGCCGAUAUUGGUUGGGAAUAGCAGAUGGGGUUGGCCAAUGGUCGGAUCACGGUAUUGAUCCAGGAGUUUAUGCCCGGGAACUCAUGGAUAAUUGUAAAAAGAUUGUCUCAGAGGGCAACGGAUCCAUAAGAGCCACCCCAGAAGAGGUCCUUAGUUUAAGUGUUGCCAAGUCCCAGUCUCCUGGAUCCUCAACUGUCUUGGUUGCUCACUUUGAUGGUCAGGCCCUUCAUGUGGUUAAUAUUGGAGAUUCUGGAUUUCUAAUACUCAGAAAUGGUGUGGUUUUCGAAAGGUCAUAUCGGAUGACCUACAAGUUCAAUUUCCCAUAUCAGAUUCAAAGGGGUGGUGACCCAUCCGAACUUUUGGAGGAGUACGAGAUUGAAUUGGAGGAGGGUGACGUUAUCAUUAUUGCAACAGACGGACUCUUUGACAAUUUGUAUGAGCAAGAAAUAGUAUCAAUAGUCUCAGCUUCAUUGAGCGCUGGUAGACGACCGAAGAGAAUUGCGAAAAUGUUGGCGGCAGGAGCACAAGAGGUGGGCAAAUCCUCUACCGAAAGAUGUCCGUUUGCUGAUGCAGCUCGCGCAGCUGGUCAUGCAAGGAGGCACAGUGGUGGAAAGCUUGAUGAUGUAACUGUUAUUGUAUCAUUGGUCCGAAAGGAAUACAGCACCCAUGGCCGUGGGUUGUGAUCUUGAUGUUCAACAACUCUAGCUUCUUUUCUCCUCCAUGAUGCUAAACAAACAUGAUGACCGCUGACUUCCGAAUUGAUGAUAGUAAUAAGACGUCAAGUUUUCUUUUCUUUUCUUCAUAGUUAAAAGGAUUGGCGAAGUUUUUAUACAGGAGCUAUUCCAUCACAGGGUGCUGUGAUCAAGCAGAGGAGUAGCGUUUGAAACAGAAAGAUGGCUCGUUCUGCUGAUGCCAUUAAUAUUAAUAAUUAAAAAAGAAAAAGAAAAAAGGAUUGCUGUCCUGUGGGAAAUGCACCGAAGGAUUUGUUGUGGCAACAAAGCAAAAAUGCACAAGGGCAUGCCUUCAUCAUAUCAUGUUGUAUCAUAUUCAAACUGACAUCAACAAAACUCUCUGAGGUGUGCUGUAUGAUCCUAACCCUUCAUGAGUUGUUUUCUAUAGACAGAUUGAUAAAUAGCACGACUGGUUGUAUUAGUAUAGCGCACACCACUAAUAUUAAACAUUUCGGAAGAGUGGAUUUCAUUAUUUGUAUGCGCAAUAUUCUGUUC